AUGUCUGACAACGAGGAUACUCUCGAGGAGAUCAAGGCUAUGCAAGAGAUUUUGUCUCAAGAUGACUUUGAUUAUUAUGAUGAUGAUGAUGAUCAUGAUAAUAAUGUUAAUGAUGAUGAUGAUGACGAUGAUAAAAGAUUUGAUCGUAAGCCUUCAGUUUCAAACAAUCCAUCUUCCACGCUUGAUUCUGAUGAUGAAUCUCCGAACGAUGAUGCUCAUAAGCUAGCCGUUGAAUCAUUAAAAUCCGUUGAAAAUCUUAUGCUGCUUUGCAGGCAAGCUGAACAAGCUAUUCAAGCCAAAAUCGAAGAAAAUGCAAAGAAGCGUCAGGAAGUUGAUUACCAAAUUCAUUUGUUGGCAAAAGGAGGCAGAGCUAACUGGAGAGUGCCAUAUAAUAAAGCUGGAAUGCCAUAUUUCAAGGAUGAAAAACAGUUUCCAGCUCCGAAAAACGAAGAUACCAAGAUGAAAGAGAAAAAUAACGAACUUUUAAUAUCACAUUUACGGAGGCCGAUCAGGUGGACCUACAAAGAUCGUAAUUAUUUGAGAAUUGCGAUACGUAAGCAAGCAGCUAGUGACACAUUUGAUAAAAUGAUUCGAGAUAGCAGCAAAAAUGAUACAACUAGUUCGGAAUUACAGCCUCCUAAGGAUCUGCGUACGAUGGUAGGACCUUUGGGCGCGCGUGAAUUUGACUGGAUGAAAAUAUCAACGAUUGAUAUGAAGUGUCGUCACACUCCUAAUGAAUGUCGUGUUAUGUGGAACAUAUUGCUUCAUCCAGAUAUUAAUGACAGCCAGUGGAAAAAUGAUGAAGAAGAACAACUUAAAGCCAAAGCUCGUGAACACAAGCUACAGGAUUGGGAUACCAUUGCAAAAGAAUUAAAUACUGGUAGAACAGGAUAUGUUUGUUUCAUAGCAUUUCACAGGACAUUAGAGAACACGGUCUAUAAUGAUCGGGCUUGGUCAUUACAUGAAAACAAAAUAUUAACAGAAUCCGUAGAAAGAUUACGAUUUGGUGAUUUCAUACCUUGGGGACGUGUAAGUACGUAUAUUAAUGAUAGGACGAAAACCCAAAUUUAUGCACGUUGGAAGUACAAUUUGGAUCCAUCGUUAAAAAAAGGAAGGUUUACUGCUGAGGAAGAUGAUUUAUUAUUAGAUAGUGUUGCCAAGUAUGGACAAAAUUUUCCUAGAAUAUCUGCAGACAUAAUGCCUUAUAGGUCUAGUGUUCAAUUGAGUGGGAGAUUUAAAUUAUUGAUGCUAAAAACAAACAGUUCUUAUAAUUCAUGGUCUUUACUAGAAGAUCGCCAAUUAAUCCAACUUUAUGAAGAAUUUGGAUCACAGUGGAGUAUGAUUGCCAGUAUUAUGAAAAAAGAUCGUACUUAUAUACGUCAUCGGUAUACUAUUAUAACACGUCAUAUGUCUAAAGGUGUUCGAUUGGCAAAUAUACCCCGAAAACGUCCAAUUGAUGAGGUUGAUUGUGAGGAUGAUGAUGAUGAAGUAGAUGAACCAGAUAGUAGAAAUGAUAACAUGGGUACUAAUUCUAGCAUCGACGCACAAUUAAUGAGAUAUUUUCAAGGUAUACAAGCAACGGAAAGUAAGCCUGGACGUAAAGCUGUAUAUCACACUCCGGAUCAACUAGAACUUCGCACUAAAAAGUUGGACCAAAUAUUUGAAAUGCUUAACGUCAAAAUGGAGAUUCCAGAUAAUUUAGAUGUUUAUGAUUUAAGUGAGAAAAAUAAACAAUUGUUAUCUUCUUAUAAAGAGUAUAUUUAUCUCAAGUCAUCAGUAAAACCACAAGUUAUUGAGGAGUACAGACAGAAAAUGUUUGGUGAUUUUGAUUUAAAUGAUGAUAGUGAGCCUUUCAUUCCACCUGCACCCUUUGGUUUGUUUCAGAAUGGAGCGAAAAGAAUUAAUCAACGUAAAAAAGCUAAAUUUGAUGGCCGUUUAGAUGCUGAACCUGUUCAAAAUUUACAAAUUGUAUUGGAUAUGGAUAUGGAAACGCCUUCCAAUGUGUUAGAAAAGUUAAAUGAUGAGGAAAAAGAACAAUUUGAUAAAAUAUCCGAAUUGGUGGCCUCUAAGUGUACACGCUUACAAUUUGCUGGUAGAUUUGAACAAGCGUAUGUCCCAUCGGUGGAAUCAGUGAGUAAACCUGCUAAAAAAUUAAAUCCUUCUGAUAAAUUGAAAUUUAAACCGGUGCCAGAUUAUGAACCGGAAAGUUGGAGGCAUGCUUCUUUGAAAAAAGAUCUAUUUAUUCCGCCGAAUUAUUCAACUUUACUUGGUUAUCAAGCGUUAUUGAAUUUCAGAGAAUCACAGUCAAUAAUGAGAAAUAGAACUGAUGACUUAGCAACUCCGGAUUUAGUGAAGCUUACCGCCGAGGGUAAACAAGCGUUUCAUUUAUUUAAAACUCGUUUUCGACGAUUGUUCAAAUAUCCUAUCCUUAUGUCACGAAUAAUUCCCAAGGAUAAGAAACUGCCGGAUCGGACUGUUCUUAAAGAGGGUGAAGGUAUACAGAUGGAUAAAAAAAAAAUUAAAAUAAUGAAUGAAGAGGAUAAUGAAAAUGAUCCAAGUAGUGAAUUAACUGAGGAUUAUGAACAAAGUAGUGAAUUUGAUAAUGAGCCUGAUAGUCUACAAGACCCAUUAUCACAGCAAGAAAUUAAAUGUGAAAUUAAAUAUGAUAUUAAUGAAAAUGGGCAAGAGCAAACAAAACGAUUCGUUUUGUCAGUAAAAUUAGACCAGGUUAAGUAG